CCCCUGCCGCAGACUCGACAUCAGCCUCGCCUAUCUCUGUCUGUGACGAACAGAACCUGACUGGACCGGGACCGGACCGGAGCGCCAUGACGGAAACCAGCAAGACGCACGUCAUCCUGCUGUCCUGCGGCAGCUUCAACCCCAUCACCAAGGGACACAUCCAUAUGUUCGAAAAAGCCCGAGAAUAUCUGCACAAAACGGGACGCUUCAUUGUGAUCGGAGGGAUCAUCUCACCUGUUCAUGACUCCUACGGAAAACCGGGCCUGGUGUCGAGUCAGCAUCGCCUCACCAUGUGUCAGCUGGCCGUUCAGUCGUCUGACUGGAUCAGGGUGGACCCCUGGGAGAGUUACCAGGACACCUGGCAGACCACCUGCAGCGUGUUGGAGCAUCACCGCGACCUCAUGAAGAGAGUCACCGGCUGCAUCCUGUCCAACGUCAACACGCCCUCCACCACGCCUGUGAUUGGUCAGCCACAGAACCAGACUCCGCCCAUCUACCAGGACCGCAACAACAUGAACCACAAGCCCACAGCCAUCAAGCUUUGGGGGAAGAUCAGCGAGAGUCUGGGGAAAAUCUGCUGCGCCCGGCCCAACAUGGAGCGCUUCACGUUUGUCGAUGAAAACGCCAACCUGGGGACGGCGGUGAGGUACGAGGAGAUCGAGUUACGCAUCUUGCUCCUGUGUGGCAGUGAUCUCCUGGAGUCCUUCUGCAUCCCUGGCCUGUGGAAGGACAGUGAUAUGGAGGUGAUCGUGGGCGACUUCGGGAUUGUGGUUGUUCCUCGUGACGGCGUGGACACGGAGAGGAUCAUGAACCAUUCCUCCAUCCUGCGCAAAUACAAGGACAACAUCAUCGUGGUGAAGGACGCCACCAACCACCCCAUGGCCAUCGUCAGCUCCACCAAGAGCAGACUGGCCCUGCAGCACGGCGACGGACACGUGGUGGACUACCUGAGUCAGCCCGUCAUCGACUACAUCCUGCAGAGCCAGCUCUACAUCAACGCCUCGGGAUAGAGGCGCUGCAUGAGAAUGAGGACGAGGUGUGGGGGGGGGGGGGGGGGGGGCUGGACAGCUGCCAUCUAUAGAAACCCCCCCAGCUGAAACUUUUCUGUCUUCUGUGUCCACAUGUAGUCUUCUUCAGCUCUCCAGGCGGAGCUUUAGUGUCCCUCCCUCUGUGUGACGUGACUUUACCUUCAGGGGUUUCUUUCCGUUUAGCGAUGCAUGACAUCUGAGCAUGCUCAGUGCGCACCGUGUCCCCGUCUGAGCCAGCGUGAAGACAUCAGGGUCUGCCGCCUUCACGCCACUCUUCAGCUUGUUGCUCCUUGGCUGACGCAGACCUGAAGGAUUCCCUCUGAGGCUAAAACACUUCUCUGAUUUCUUCUGAUCCACACAAUUUAGUCAGAAACCUGCUGCAAACUUUAGAUUCAGAUCAUUUUGCUAAGAUUUCUAUCCAGUGUUGGAGAGUCCAUCUGUUUGUGGUUCAUCUUCUCAGCUUUAGUAGUUUUGUUCCAUCUAUCUUCUUCCUGACCGCCUCCACGGCUCUCGCUGAGGAUCUGACGGUAAAGAUGUGAGCUCAGCGUGGGCCAGACCCUCUAAAUUCAGUGACUGUCAUGUCUGAUCUGAGCGCAGCUGCCAGAACCGACCGACAGCAGACAAUCAGUUCAUCAACCCACAAAGUUUCACUGAGCUGUUUUUCUUUAGAGCCCUUUCACAAAAUGUGUCUGUAACAUUUACUCCUGUAGAAAACCCACAGAGAGGCAGUAAAACCCCACCUGACCAGAACCUGAUGGUUCCCCCGGACCCGCUAACCCACAGAAACCAGAGGGCAUGUUUUCACAGCAAUGGUUCCACAUUUUCCUCUGCUAGAACAUCGACCGUCAGAGGUCAGAGGUCAGACGUACUUUAACUGUGUUCCAGUCUGAGGGGAACCCAGUGAGAGCGUUAGCGCCAUGCUAACUGCUGGCUCUGACACACACAGCGCUACAUUUAUCAAUGUGAUUUAUUCUGAUAUGAACCCAGUGAUCCUGAAGCUCUCGCUGCCUCUGACUACCAUGGCGGCCAUGUUGGAUCUGAGGUAGACAGCCCUCCAACUGGCCAAGUCGUUCCCAGUGAUUAUUUCCGUCUUUAAAAUGAGAAAUCUCUUCUUCCAGACAGACAGAAGGCUUCAUGCGCCACAUUAACCACACGCUUCAUCGGCGGCGCUGCUGCCCAGGCCGGCCCUGGUUUUCAAAUGGCAUUCUGGGUAGUUUCCAUGUAUUUCAGAUGUCAUAAGAGUUUUGCAGAAAGUGUAAACAUUGCCCAAAGUUCAGAUAUGAUGAACAGUCAGGGAGCUCCAUCCACCCUGUUUUUAUGGCCUGAGGUUCAUCUGGACAUCUCACUAAAACCCACAGGGGAAACCGAUCAUUUAGUGC